UUAUGUUCAAAGUUCAAAUAUCAAUGAAGAACAAUUACAUAAACAUUGUCAAUCUCAUCUUCCACCUCAUAUGAUUCCAUCAAUAUUUGUCAUUUUGGAGAAACUACCUUUGAAUGCAAAUGGAAAAAUAGAUCGAAAACUUCUUCCUUCUCCCUCUUCCCAUUUCUCUAAUCCUCUACAACGGAAUCAUACAAAUAAUUUACAAAUGAAAAAACCUCAUGAUGAAAUUCAAAUUACACUUCAUACUCUUUGGUGUGAUAUGUUUCAACAGAAACAAAUUUCAAUUGAUACAAAUAUCUUUACUAUUGGUGGUCAUUCUCUUCUACUUAUGCAACUUUUUCAUCGAUAUCAAACAACAUUUCACUUAGAAAGAAAAUCUCUCUCUGUUAGUGAUCUAUUUCAAUAUCCAACAAUUAUUCAUCAUUCUCAAUUUAUUCGUCAAGCUAUCAAUAUUGAAAAACAUUUUGAAGAUUAUUGGGCUUCUCUACAUCUCAUUCAAGCUCCAGCAUCAUUUGCUCAAGAAAGAAUAUUUCUUGAUGAACAAAUUCGUUUUUCAUCCAAAAGUAACAAUGUAAUAUAUGCCAUUCCAUUACUUUAUCGUGUAGCAUCUGUAAACAGUCAUAUAUCAAUUACUCGAUUACAUCAUGCAUUACAAUUUGUCAUUAUGAAACAUAGUAUUCUUCGUACAGCACUUCAUAUAGAUAUUAAUGGUAUUAUUAUCCAACAGUGUUUGAAUGUAAAUAUCAAUAAUGAUGAUAUUAAACCAUAUGGAUUUUCAAUAAUUAAUCUUCAUGAUGAUAAAGAUCGUGACAUUGAUAAAACAAUAGCUGAGAUCAUAAAUAGCUGUAAUUUAUUUGUCUUAACAAAAGGAUGUGUUAUUCAUUGUCAUAUUCUUCGUCAAUAUCAUUCGGAUGAUAAUCUCUCAUUUAAGAAUGAUGAUUUGUUGACUAAAGAUGAUUUAAUAUUAUUUAACAUUCAUCAUUCAGCAUUUGAUGGAGCUUCUUUAUCAAUUUUUCUUCGUGAUUUCUCUCUUGCUUAUGAGACUGAUCGCUCAUUACCUUUGGAUGAUAAUGCAUUGGAAUACAUUGAUUAUUCUGUUUAUGAACAUCAAAUGGAUAUGACAUUAUCAAGUGACUUUUGGAAAUCACAACUUCAAACAUACAAUCUCGAAUGUCGUUUGCCAUUGCCAACUGAUAGGCAACGUUCAUCGACUGAUCAACGAUCUGGUUUUGCUUCGGUAGCUCAAAUCUCUUUCGAUGAUGAGAUUUCCAUAGCAUUUCUAAACUAUGCUUCUGCACAU